CGCAAUUUCUCUUUGCAUAGUUUCUGUACAUUUCUUUACAAGAUUUUUGUUGAAAAGAAAGUACACAAAACAUUUAAUAAAUUAAAAAGUUUUAUACUUAUUUAAUAAAGUUUUAUAAAGUAUUGAUCAUGUCGGAACAAAUGGUGGAUCGACCGCUACGGUCAGUAUUUGUUGGAAAUAUUCCAUACGAAGUGACGGAGGAAAAAUUGAAGGAGAUUUUCACCGAGGCCGGGCCCGUCCUUUCCUUGAAAUUGGUGUAUGACCGUGAAACCGGAAAACCCAAAGGGUAUGGAUUCUGUGAAUACAAAGACGUCGAAACGGCCAUGAGUGCGAUGAGAAAUUUGAACGGGUACGAAAUUAAUGGGCGAGUCCUUCGUGUCGAUAAUGCUGGAGCUGAAAGGCAUAGAAUGGCUGAAAUGGGGGGUCCUUCCGGUGGUGGAAUGAAUCAGCAGCAACACAACAACGGCCCGAGAUACAACGACAACAAUGAGGGUCCUUUCGGCGGCGGUGGGAUGAUACGAGAUGAGGGGCCACCAGCCCCUGAAAAAGCACCAGAAAUGAUUUCAAAAGCAGUCGCGUCCCUCCCACCAGAACAAAUGUUUGAAAUCAUGAAGCAAAUGAAACUUUGCAUCCAAAAUAAUCCUGGAGAGGCCAGAACAAUGUUGCUUCAAAAUCCUCAAUUGGCCUACGCUUUGCUUCAGGCUCUGGUCGUAAUGAAGAUUGUCGAACCAACAACGGCAAUUUCUAUGCUGCACAAGGAUAACUCGAUAGGAAUGGGUGCAUUGUUGCCGGAAGGUCAAGCUAACAUGAUGCCUGGACCUUUUGUCCCUCCUCCGUCAGAAAAUCCGUGGAUUGCAGCAGCUGGAGGUAGUUCGGUUGGUAUGGGAGUUCCUUUGAUGCCUCCAAAUCCAAUUGGCCCCUUCGGACCAGGUCCUGCUGUAUCCUCUGCUUCUCAAGGAGGGGGAGAUUUGGAUCUACGGCAAAUGGAUCCCAGACUACGAAACCAAGGUCCACCACCCCAAGAUUUUGAUUUGCGUGACCCUCGGGCUCAAGCACAGGACAGGUUCCAACAAAUGGAAAGGCGUGAUCGAGACUUACGAGAGAUGCGAGACCGUGACAUGAGAGGGGAUCGCGAUCUCCGUGGAGAACAGCAACAACAACAACGUGGAGACAUGCGGGAUCCAAGAACUGAACAUCGCGAAAUGCGAAAUGACCGAGAUCUUCGAGCUGCUCCUUUAGACCCACGCGCACGUCGACCUGCACCUGCCUCGUCUUCAUCUGCGGCUUCUUCAGAUUCUUCAAAUGCAGCCAAAGCAGCUGCAGCAGCAUUUUCAGGAAUUGCCAACCUGGCUGGAGCAUCAGAUAAGGAAAAGGCUAAUUUGAUAAUGCAAGUUUUGCAGUUGUCUGACGAACAGAUAAAUCAGCUCCCAGAAGCUCAGCGGAAUAGCAUCCUCCUUCUUAAGGAACAAAUUGCCAAAACACAAGGAAGAUAAGUUUAGAAUAAUAGAGUUUUUUUUAAGAAAAAUUUUGCUACUUUAUCAUGAUCCUAGAUAUUUUUAGUUGUCGAGUUAUAUUCCAAAUUACAUUCACUUGGUGUGAAUAAUAAUUUAUCUUCCUGACCAUUAGCAAAAAAUUUUAAUUAUUAAUCGAUACUUGUUUAUCCAUUCAUUUGAGUAUUUGGAGGUCAAUAAUAGCUAAAAAAAAUAAAGAAGUGAAAAUCCUAA